GUCUCGGCCCGGCCCAUGAAGCCGCGGGCGGAAGUGCGCACGAAUCUCAGCGCGAUCGGACGGUUGAGAAUGCUGACGAGAGCCGCACUCGGGUCCAAGUUCGCUUCCGGCGUUCUGGUGCGCGCGCCGCCUGGUUUGACCCAAGUUCUUGCUCUCACUCUCGCCGCCCGGGAAGAGCAAGACGGAAGUGGCCGCCGUAGCCGCCUGCGCGAGCUAGCUAGAGCUCAAGCCUCGAUGGGCCAGGAGCAGAGCCAGCCCGCCCAGGCGGCGGAGGAGCCUUCUCCGCUGCCCGCCGAGCCGGCGCCGGCGCCGUCGCAGGCUCCUUCCCCAGCGCCCUCCUCCCUCGAGGAGCUCGCCGCAGAGGCUAUGUCGUUUAGUGAGGAUAACAAUGACUCAAUUGACGUGAAGGUACAAAAAGCUCUGGAAUGUCCGUGCGUUGCUGAUUUGAAAAGUGGACCUUGUGGCAGUGGAUUUAUCGAUGCAUUUUCCUGCUUCCUGAGGAGUACAGAAGAAGAGAAGGGAUCAGAUUGUGUGAAGCCCUUUAUCGCAUUGCAAAACUGCAUCAAGGAAAAUCCGGAGGCAUUUUCUAAGGAGAUUUUGGAAGAGGAGGAGAAUGACGAGGAGGCUGAGAAGUCCAACCUGAAAGUUAGAGCUCCAGCGUGGUCUAGAGAAGCCAAGCCAAAGCUUUGAGAUCUUGUGGGAUUAAGCUGACCGCCCGAUAAAAAGAUUCCUCUGAUUGGUGCGCUACACCUUAUUUAUCCUAUAAAUUAUUCCUUUAUAGGCUAGAUUUCCGUGAGCAAAGUAUGCAUCCUGGGUCCUUCAGCAGAAAUAAGCCCAGUUUGUGCACGAGAAAUAUUCCACAGAGAACAUAUUCGUUACUAGGUGUAAGCAUAUACACGUCUGAAUUUAGAUUGGCAAGAGAAAUUCAUGUUUGAAUCUGCUGGCUGUGUAAUAUGCAAUUAGAAAGUACUCCUCAUUAUGGCAGUGCAAUUUCCGCUUUGGUGAGGAUUGUGUUAUCAUUACAAACAUGUAAAACAUUCUCAGUUCUACAUAACAAUAAGGAAAUGGUUUUGAGCUAUCA